CGAAGACCGAACCUAACCUUGUUCAAAAAGAACAACAAAACAAGGAACUGUAAAUUGAAAUGUACUGAAGUUAUUUUAUUUUUUUAAAAGUAGUGCAACAUAAAAUGGAGGCCCUAAAUAAUUGUGUUCCGAAAUGUAAAUGUGAAAGUGAACAUGAAGACGUGGUCCAAUUUCUAAAUAAUGAAACUGAUUCCCUAUAUACAUUCAGAGACAGGUACUUUGAGACUCACAACAUAGAAGAAGCUAUCAAGAAGGAAGAAGAAACAGAAAAAAUUCUAACAGAAAAACUUAAAAUAUUUAAACAACAUGAGCAUUUAGUUUCAGAUUUGAGUCGAGCCAAAUAUUGUUUCUUAAAAGGAAAAUUACUGAAUGUAGUCCCAAACUAUAACAAAGAAGCAGAAAUUCUAUUGUCCAAAAGUAUUAAGUUAGAUCCUAAAUUGGUGGAUGCUUGGAAUGAACUGGGAGAAUGCUACUGGAAAAAUGAUGAUUUAAAGAAAAGUAUAAAUUGCUUUGAAGGGGCUUUAAAAGAGACUUUGAAAUACGAAGAAGAGUUCAAAAUGGCUCUAGAAUCUUUCAAUGAAGCAUCAAUGUAUAACCCCACCUGGGAUCCUCCCAAAGUGAAAGAAAAACAGUUAGUCCAAUAUUUAAACGAUAUUAAGGAGUUUGUUUCAACGUCUGGAAAAAUGAAGGCGAAAAGGUUACAACAAAUAUUGCAGGUAAGUUUUUUAGACUAG